GCCACCUAGCGAAAUAAAGCAAGUUUCAUGUGUGGAAAAUAAAUUUGGUUCUUUUAGUUUUGUGACCUAAAGGAUCACGAUGGCGAUCCGGCACAACAACGUCAUAUCGAAUAAUCACUUUCACAAGAAGUGGCAGACCAGAGUCAAGACAUGGUUCAACCAGCCCGCCCGUAAGUACAGGCGACACCAGAAAAGAAUCAUAAAAGCAAGGACUGUUGCUCCACGACCAACAAGCGCCCUGCGACCAGUGGUUCGAUGCCCCACAUUUAAGUACAACACCAAACAACGCUUCGGCAGAGGCUUUACUUUGGAAGAACUUAAGGCUGCUGGAAUAAACCGUUAUUUUGCUGCCACCAUUGGAAUUGCUGUCGAUCAUCGCAGAAGGAACAAAUCAACUGAAUCACUUCAGAUGAACGUGCAGAGGUUGAAGGAGUACAAGUCCAAACUUAUCCUUUUCCCCAAGAAGCUCUCCAAUCCUAAGAAGGGAGACAGCUCUGCUGAAGAAGUAAAGAUGGCAACUCAGCACACUGGUGUGGUCAUGCCAAUGAAGGAUACCUUCAAACCCGAGAAAGCGCGUGCUAUCACAGAUGCUGAACGCAAACACAGUGUGUUCCAGUCACUUAGAAUGGCUCGUUCCAACGCCAAGUUGUUUGGAAUCCGUGCCAAGCGAAAGAAGGAAAAGGAAGAGGCUGCGAACCAAACUAAACCCAAGAAGGGAAAGUAAAUUAACAGGAAAUAAAAAAAAUUCAAAUGUG